AUGCCUCUCGCCAUUUCCCCCGUUCCCGAGAUUUCUAUCUCCCUUGCUUCUCCUGAGGAGCCUUCGUAUGAGCCGUUCUCCCCGUUCUCCCUUGACUUUAGUGCCAAGGCCCAGGUCAUCGUUGACGAUGAUAGCAGCUGGCGUGCGACCCUCCUGUCGCCGCCUCCCAUUCAUUCGCCGCGACGCCUCUCCCCCCUUCGUCCGGUAGAGUCGCCUAUCAAAGGCCAGGGUCUUGAGCGAGAUCGUUUCGAAGCUCUGCUCAAGGCUUCCAGAGAGAGGAACACUGCUCUUGGCACUAAGAGAUCGGUGGAUCUCCGCAAAGAGAUUGCUCUCAAGGCUCACAAGAGCAAGCAAGUUGAGCGUCGUGCUUUGUUCCUAUCGAAGGUGCAAGCCCCACCCUCUCCCACCGCUACCUUGACUCCUAAGACACCUCCGGAGUCUCCGGCCAUCUUCCACUACACUUUGCCUUCUCCCGGACUUGAAUCACCCAUUGAGGUAUUCGAGUCCUUAGCACAGGGCAAGGGUAGUGCCCCGAUGCGGAAACCUUGGGUUGAGCAGGUGGAUUUCCGCAUUCCCGGGCAGCAUACCUAUGUCCCGUCACUUAGGACCGCCCCCGUAGUCAGCAAGCGAAAGCCACUGCCCUCCCUUGAUCAGAUAACUGCUCGUCUGAGCUCUCAUGUCUCGGGAGCCGGUCAAAACAAUCGCGCGCAAUCCCGUCCGCGUUUGCCAGCCUUCCUGCAACUGGGUGGACGCUCGUCAAGCGGCACAGCGGCAGCACAGCCCGUACAAGAGGUUACCAGCCCUGCUAUACGCAGUGCCAGGCCCGCACCGCCGACACCCGUAGGCCGUCUUCAAUUCCCCAUCAGGUCCGUGUCACCCGCAGAAUCUCCGAAGGUGGCCGCUUGCGAGCCUGAGCCUUGCCUGCCACCGUCUCCUACCCUCGCUUCGCCUCCCAAGCUGCAAAUAACUACAACCGUUGUGCCUCGGACGUCUUCUGUCUCUCCGACCGAAUUAUCGGAGUCAAAUUUGCUUGCCUUCAAUUCAGGCCCCGGCUCGCGUGAGGUAUCUGCGCGGCAGAUGCUCACCAGGCUCAAACGUCGCACCUUACCUCCCGUCCCAGCCCACUCAGAGAGCGCCAGUCCCUCGGCGGAGAAUGAAGAACAGGAGAGGAAGAUGCGCAGACGCAGCGCUCCUCCUGAGCUUCCUGAACGGAAACGAUCUGGGUUCUCGCACCCCAUCCUCGAGUUGCCAGGAGCCUUCUGA